UCCUCCGGCUUCUGGCGCACCGUCUGGGGCGGUUCGCGCAUGUGCGAGAGCGAGACGCAGGUUUUUGCCCCAAGGCCUUGCCGUACCGUCCAGGCGGCGAGCUGCGUCGUGGUUCUGCCGCGUGUUCUGGCGUGUGGAGACUGUUGUCCUGUCACCGUUGCCGCCGCUGACAUGAACCGCGAGAGCUUCGCGGCGGGCGAGCGGCUGGUGUCGCCGGCUUACGUGCGGCAGGCCCGUGAGGCCCGCCGCUCCCAUGAGCACCUCGUACGGCUGCUUCUGGAGAAGGGCAAGUGUCCAGAGGAUGGUUGGGAUGAAAGUACACUUGAACUCUUUCUACAUGAACUUGCGAUCAUGGAUAGCAACAAUUUCCUGGGCAAUUGUGGUGUGGGAGAAAGGGAGGGGAGAGUGGCAUCUGCAUUAGUUGCUCGGCGUCAUUACAGGUUCAUUCAUGGAAUUGGACGAUCGGGUGAUAUUUCUGCUGUGCAACCAAAAGCUGCAGGUUCUAGCCUUUUGAACAAAAUUACCAAUUCUUUGGUCCUGGACAUCAUAAAGUUGGCUGGUGUCCAUACAGUGACCAACUGCUUUGUAGUUCCUAUGGCAACUGGUAUGAGUCUAACUCUGUGUUUCUUAACAUUACGACACAAAAGACCAAAGGCAAAAUAUAUUAUAUGGCCAAGAAUAGACCAGAAGUCCUGCUUUAAAUCCAUGAUCACUGCAGGUUUUGAGCCUGUGGUGAUAGAGAACGUUUUAGAAGGUGACGAGCUGCGCACAGACCUGGAAGCAGUGGAGGCUAAAGUCCAGGAACUUGGGCCUGAUUACGUUCUGUGUGUUCAUUCGACUACAUCCUGUUUUGCUCCAAGGGUGCCUGAUAGAUUAGAAGAACUGGCUGUGAUUUGUGCUAAUUAUGGCAUUCCACACAUAGUCAACAAUGCUUAUGGACUGCAGUCUUCAAAGUGUAUGCACCUCAUUCAGCAGGGUUCUCGGGGUGGUAGAAUAGACGCUUUUGUCCAGAGCUUGGAUAAAAAUUUUAUGGUUCCAGUAGGUGGCGCUAUAAUUGCUGGCUUUAAUGAUUCCUUCAUUCAGGAAAUCAGCAAGAUGUAUCCAGGAAGAGCUUCAGCUUCACCUUCUUUAGAUGUCCUUAUUACGUUAUUGUCACUUGGAUCAAAUGGCUAUAAGAAGCUAUUAAAAGAAAGAAAGGAAAUGUUUUCAUAUCUGUCCAACCAACUAAAGAAGCUGUCAGAAGCCUACAAUGAAAGACUGUUGCAUACACCUCACAAUCCCAUAUCUUUAGCUAUGACACUUAAGACACUAGAUGAGCACUGUGACAAAGCUGUCACUCAGCUUGGCUCCAUGCUUUUUACCAGACAGGUUUCUGGAGCCAGGGUUGUGCCUCAUGGGUCUGUGCAAACUGUGAGUGGCUACACUUUCAGAGGCUUUAUGUCACAUACAAAUAAUUACCCUUGUGCUUACCUCAAUGCUGCAUCAGCCAUUGGAAUGAAGACACAGGAUGUGGACUUGUUCAUAAAGAGACUUGACAAGUGUUUAAAGACAGUAAGAAAAGAACAAAAUAAAGAGAGUGAUGUAUUGGGAGUUGACAAUUAUGACAAAACUGAAGAUGUGGAUAUUGAAGAAGUGGCUUCAAAACUAGAUAAUGUACUUCUUGACACAUACCAGGCUUCUUCUUCAUGACAUGUGAAGGGUUUUUUUGAUAAUUUGAAAGAAGUGAUGAAGCUGCCAUACAAAAAGCAAUUUAA